CAAGGGGAAGGGGAGUAGCCGAAGAGACAGGAGUUUCCCCCAGCGCUUUCCCGGCACUGACAGCGGGCGGUGGGAGGGCGGGAGGGAGCGGGCCGGGCCCCCCCCCCCCCCGCUAUUAGUACCGGCCCUCAGAGGAGCCCGCCUCAGUGCGGAGCCGUGCCGGUCACUCACCGUCUCUCAGCACCAUGCAGGGUCUCAGCUCCGCGCCACCCGCCGCCUUCCUCCUCGUCCUCGUCCUCCUCCUCCGCCUCAGCUCGCUGCUGCUGCUGCCGGUGGCCGCGGUACCGGUCGCCGAGCGGGAGCUGAAUCCCAGCAGUCGCCUGGCCGCCGGGGCGGCGCGGGUGGCAUUGCAUUACCUCAACUUCCAGACGGCGUCCCCCGGAGCGCUGCAGGCGCUGGGGCAGGUCCGCAAAGCCACGGUGAAGAGCAUCCCAGACUCUGGUCACAAGUAUUACCUGCAGUUCACUACCGAAGACUACAGGAGCGGGGAAAAUGCUGGGAGCUGCCUUGCUACAGUGCUGUAUCGGAAGACAAAGUCUCCGCCUGUUGUCAAUAUCAAGUGCAUGCCUACCAAAGACGAGAAGCAAAUCCAAGAAGAGGACAACAGACUUUACCAAAAAAUUAGGCACCAAACCAAACCAAUAAUUGGAAACAAUAUUCCAGACAGCUAUGGCAAUAUUGAACCUGCCCUGGAGCCGGUGUGGGCUUUGGCUGUUGCUGGCAGCAGUUACAUCAUGUGGGAAAAGUCAACAGAGAACUUGGGUUACUUCAUGGCACAAGUCAAGUCUGUGAAGCAGUGGAUAAGGAAAGAUGAUUUUAUUGAAUUUGACUACACUGUUCUACUCCAUGAAAUGCCAACACAGGAAAUUAUUUCGUGUCACAUGCGCCUCACUUGGCUUCCUGGUCACCCUCUGAAAGUGAAAUACUUCUGUGCUUCAGAGAAUCAGGGGCUCGAAGAUGGAUCUGGAAUGGAAUCUGGAUCAGCUGCUGGGAUUUUACAUGAAAGGGGAGCAAAUUUUUAAGAGAUUGUCAGUUUUAUGUAUAUGUGUUAAAUGAGAAAAUCCUUGUGUUAAUAGACCUGGAGUUGUGAUAAUUUUUCUAUACCAGUCGCACAACAGUGAAUUUGAAUGCUUUCACUAGUCUGUUUUAUUCCAAAAUUAACUCCUGUAAUUUCUUAAACUGCGAGACUCAUGUUCUAGAGUUCUACCUAAAAACUUUGCUACUAUAUUAUAUAUACACAAACAUACACAAGUUGAUUUUAUGUCACUAACUUACUGUUACUUAGAGUAACAUAGUUUGUAAACAAAGUUAAUAUAUUUGGAUAAAAAUCUUGAGAAAAGUAUUAAUCUGUCACUAAGAAAUAUUUGUCUACUCUUUUUUUUUUUUUCAUUUUUUGGGUUAGAUAUGUGCUGAUUUGUAACUUGCAUCUCCAAUAAAACAAAUACCAUUACGCAGGGUC